CACUUCUAUUUUUUUGGCCAUUAAUUACGUUAAUCACCGCAGAUGGCAGUCUCUUUAUCUCUCCAAACACAAAGCUUAAACGUUGAACAGAAGAUGGAUGUCCUGUGUCUUCUGCUGGUCACAGGAAACUUGGUUUUGUGCUUCUUGGUCUUCAUUGCAGCAGUUGACACAAUUGAUGCAUCUCAACCGUUAAGUGACGAUGAGACUAUAGCUUUGAGUGGCGGAACUUUUGAACUUGGAUUUUUCAGUCCCGGCCAUUUGAUGGGCGGCUACUUGGGAAUUUGGUACAAGAACGUCCCGUUUAGAACUGUUGCUUGGGUUGCAAAUAGAAGCAACCCAAUUAAUGAUCCCAGCGUCACGUUGAUGAUCAAUAGCACAGGCAAUAUAGUCCUCCUAAGCUGCAACGGCAGUAUCGUUUGGUGUGCUAACACAACCGAACAGGCCUUGAAUACAGUUUUACAGCUCUUAGAUAAUGGGAAUCUUGUGCUGAGAGAUGACAAGAAUGGCAGUUUGGAUACUUAUGCGUGGCAAAGCUUCAAUUACCCUACCGACACUUUUUUGCCAGAAAUGAGGCUUGGAUGGGACUUGAAGAUAGGUCUCGAUCCGCAGUUAUCAAUGGAACUCCAUGAUUGGUCGAAAGGAUGCGUUCGGAGCAAGCCUCUGAACUGCAGCACCACCGCUGGAAUCAUAAAGUAUUGGAACAUCAAAUUGCUGGAUACAACUCAUUGUUUAGUGGGUAGUACCCUGAGCCUCAUUCAGAUAUCCAAGGACGAGGAAACAGAUGUGCGAUGUGGUUUUGGACCUGUAUACAAGGUAGAACAAAAUUUGGAUGGACUGGAUAAUCUGAAACAAAGCAUGAUGAUCCUGCAACUGGAAUUGAAUCUUCCCAUUGUUUUAUUUUUCACGUUAUACUACUUCCAAAUUAGCUCUAGCCAAGGACUAAGGGAGUUAAAAAAUGAGGUCAUACUAAUUGCGGAGCUUCAGCACUGGAAUCUAGUAAAGCUUCUUGGUUGUCCCGUUCAGGGAGAUGACAAAAUGCUGAUCUACCAAUACAUGCCUAACAAAAGCUUGGAUGCCUCUAUUAUAGGUAACCUAGAUGAUGUAUUUCAGUUUAGAUUUAAAAUGCAGCCAUUGCCUGGAGACAAAAGAAAUCAUAAGUUGUUGGAUUGGCACAAGCGGUUCGAUAUCAUCUGUGGUGUUGCUAGGGGACUACCUUAUCUUCAUUGA